AAGUGAUCGUUGCCUGAGCGAAGAUAUAAAAAGCUUAUUCGGUUGACAAAAUCUCGAUCCAGGGUAUGGAGCAGUUGAAUUCCAUCGUCUGAUUUCAUUCUUCUAUAAUAACACUAAUUGAAAGUAGCCAAGAAUAUUCAUAAGAAAGAAGGCAGAAUCAUCAACAUCAUCGUUUUCUGUGUCCGGAAAUCCUUCAAAGAUGUCCUCCGUCCGCUUUCUUGUAGCACUCUGUAUCAUCUCCUCGCUUGUUCCGUCGAUCUUUUCGCACGAGUUUAAGAUAGAUGGGAAGGUUUUGGAGCUUGAUGAAUCCAACUUCGAUGCCGCAAUUUCUUCCUUCGAUUUCAUCUUCGUCGAUUUCUAUGCCCCAUGGUGUGGCCACUGCAAACGUCUAUCUCCAGAGUUAGAUAAAGCUGCUCCUAUGCUUUCCGGAUUGACGAAGCCCAUUGUGAUUGCAAAAGUAAAUGCCGACAAGUAUUCCCGUCUUGCUUCAAAAUAUAAAAUCGAUGGGUUUCCUACCUUAAAGAUUUUUAUGCAUGGAGUUCCCACUGAAUAUAAUGGGCCAAGAAAAUCAGACUUACUAGUUCGAUAUCUCAGGAAGUUUGUUGCUCCUGAUGUUACUGUUCUUGAAUCUGAUUCUGGUAUUACUGAGUUUGUUGAAGCAGCUGGGACGGCUUUUCCAAUAUUUAUAGGCUUUGGUUUGGAUGAGUCAGCAAUAUCAAAUUUGGCAAUUAAAUUCAAGAAAAAUGCAUGGUUUUCGGUGGCAAAAGAUUUCUCAGAAAAAACCAUGGCUUUGUAUGAGUUUGAUAAGGUGCCUGCUUUGCUAGCCCUUCAUCCAAACUUCAACGAACAGAACAUUUUUUAUGGUCCAGUUGAAGAGAAGUUUUUGGAAGAGUUUAUUCAACAGAGUCUUUUGCCAUUGACCCUACCAAUCAGUCCAGAAGGUCUAAAGCUGUUGAAAGACGAUGAUAGAAAAAUCGUGCUGACCAUUGUGGAGGAUGAGACACACUUUGAAUCAAAGGCAUUGAUCAAGUUAUUGAGGGCAGCUGCAUCUGCAAACCGUGAUCUUGUAUUUGGUUAUGUAGGUUUUAACCAGUGGCAAGAUUUUGCUGAGGCUUUUGAAGUUGAUAGGAAAACUCCAUUGCCGAAGAUGGUUGUUUGGGAUGGGAAUGAAGUAUUUUUCUCGGUUAUCGGUUCAGAAAGCAUUCACAGUGAGGAUCAAGGAUCCCAAAUCACACUUUUUCUUGAAAGAUUCAGAGAGGGAAAGGUUAUACAGAAGCAGCUCGGCCCUUCAUUUUUCGGCUAUAUUACUUCACUUAUUGGUAUGAGAACUGUCUACAUCAUUGUGUUUCUGAUUGCCGUGAUGUUUCUUAUUGCUACCAUUGGAAAAGAGGAACCAUUAACGACUGGUACUCAGUACCGCUCUGCAAGCGCUUCAACCACCAUUGCUGAUAACGCACGUCUGUCUGCCCACAAGGAAGAUUAGAACGCCAGAUUUAGUUGGUGUAAGAGAAAUACGAACACAUGGAUAUGGAUUGUUUCAGGAACUCUUUCGUUCAUUUGUCCAUUAUUGUUUUUGUUUUGAACACUGCUCGUAGAUUUAUGUUACUAGAACCUUUUAAUUUAUGAAAAAGAGAAGCGAUUCGUAUCAUAAUUUAGUUUUCGUUAUGUUCUGG